CCCUGUGGCUGGCUGACGUCCAGUUUCUGUGAAUUAUUAAUUAACGAACGAGCUGCAAAUAUGGCUGAUUCAUGGCCGACGAGAAGAGCUAGCUAGCCACCCUUGAAGUCUGAUUCUGUACUGUUGCCGUUGAUCUGAAUUACGUGAGAACCUUCUCAAUGAAUAUUCCCCGCGCUCUAUGCUAUACCAUGCCUUCCUUUAUUGUUUUCUUAAGGUGAUUUCUAAAGAUCAGAAAUUUAAAUAUGGACAAACCAAAGGUGAAUUCUUCCACGGACGAUCAAGCGCAGAGAUCAAUAGAGGGUUUUGAUCCUCAUAAUGAUAAUAAUGUUACUGGCACUAGAUCAAAAGAUGUCCAAGUAGUGGAGGAGGGAUCCGGAUCAUCUCCAGCUACUAAUGCAACUUCUGGUAGCGGCAGAGAGGCUGUGAACAAGCGGAUGACAUUUGAAAGAAAGUCCAAGAACACUUCUGAUCAUGAUGAUUCCAUAACAGAUCAAUCGAACGGGACUGGGACUGGAAAAGAUGAAGAUCAAGGCACCUCAUCCGAUCAUAACAACUCAUCUUCUAUAGGACAAUCCUCCCCCUCCUAUUCAAAUAAGAUACUAACCGGAGCUAGCAUUGCAGAAAGGACUGCAGAAUGGGGAAUAGUUUUGAGGUCAGAUGUAGGAGAACGUAGUUUCAAAGCUAUAGCAACUGGGUCAGAACAGGAGGAUGGAGGAAAUAGAAGCAAAAAAAACUCAUUUAUGGUGGAGUCGACGAGGACAUCAGAGGAAAGCGAAGCAGGAGGAAUCGUUCCGAGGGUAUCCCAGGAGCUGAAGAAUGCUCUGGCAACAUUGCAGCAAACGUUCGUGGUCUCUGAUGCCACCAAACCAGACUACCCUAUCAUGUAUGCAAGCAGUGGUUUUUUUACCAUGACCGGCUAUUCUUCGAAAGAAGUUAUCGGAAGGAACUGCCGGUUUCUGCAAGGCGCAGGCACGGACCAUAAUGAAGUGGCGAAGAUACGAGAUGCCGUCAAGAAUGGGACAAGUUACUGUGGGAGGCUUCUCAACUACAAGAAGAAUGGCACUCCUUUCUGGAAUCUUCUCACCGUCACCCCUAUCAAGGAUGAUCAUGGCAACACUAUCAAAUUCAUUGGAAUGCAGGUGGAGGUCAGCAAAUAUACGGAAGGUGUUAACGACAAGGCCUUGCGCCCAAAUGGAUUGCCCAAGUCUUUAAUCCGCUACGAUGCUCGUCAGAAGGCUAAGGCUUUAGAUUCCAUGACUGAAGUUGUCCAAACUGUCAAGCACCCCAAAUCUCACUCUCGCACUGUGAGCCAUGAAACUUCUGGCAACCUCGAUUAUGUUCUCCCUAAAUCCAUUGAUCUUGGCAAUGUCACCGCACCUGGUAGACUCACUCCGGUUAAUGUCUCUCAAUCCCCCACUACCUUUCCUGACGCUGCCAAAAACUCAAGAAAAUCAUCUCGCAUUUCCUUGAUGGGGUUCAAAUCUAAGUCUACACAUUCUGCAGAAAAGCAUGAAGAACCACCACCUAUUGAACCAGAGGUUUUGAUGACUAAAGACAUUGAACGCUCUGACAGCUGGGACCGUGCUGAAUGGGAAAGGGAUACACGCCAAGGAUUUGAUUUAGCUACCACAUUGGAACGCAUUGAAAAGAAUUUUGUGAUCACAGAUCCUAGGCUUCCUGAUAACCCCAUUAUAUUUGCUUCUGAUAGCUUUCUUGAACUAACAGAAUACACUAGAGAAGAAAUUUUGGGAAGAAACUGUCGGUUUCUUCAAGGACCUGAGACAGAUCAAGCAACUGUCUCAAAGGUAAGAGAUGCUAUAAGAGAACAAAGAGAAAUCACUGUUCAGUUGAUCAACUAUACCAAGAGUGGAAAGAAAUUCUGGAACUUAUUUCACUUGCAGCCUAUGCGUGACCAAAAGGGUGAACUUCAAUACUUCAUUGGUGUUCAACUGGAUGGAAGUGAUCAUGUGGAACCACUGCAAAACCGCCUGUCAGAGGCAACAGAACUACAAAGUGCUAAGUUGGUUAAAGCUACUGCAGAAAAUGUGGAUGAAGCUGUUCGAGAACUUCCUGAUGCCAACUUGAGACCUGAAGAUUUGUGGGCAAUUCAUUCUCAACCUGUCUUUCCACGGCCUCACAAAAAGAAUAGUCCUUCUUGGACUGCAAUUCAGAAGAUCACUUCCCGUGGAGAAAAGAUUGGUCUACAUCAUUUCAAGCCCAUAAGACCCUUGGGCUGUGGUGAUACUGGCAGUGUGCAUUUAGUGGAACUGCAAGGCGCAGGGGAGCUGUAUGCUAUGAAGGCAAUGGAAAAAUCUAUAAUGCUGAACCGUAACAAGGUUCAUCGAGCAUGCAUUGAGAGGGAAAUCAUUUCGCACUUGGAUCAUCCUUUUCUUCCAACACUGUAUUCUUCUUUUCAGACUUCUACACACGUUUGUCUGAUAACAGACUUUUUUCCUGGUGGAGAGUUAUUUGCAUUGCUUGACAAGCAACCCAUGAAAUUAUUCAAUGAGGAAUCUGCAAGGUUCUAUGCUGCAGAGGUUGUGAUUGGCUUGGAAUAUCUUCAUUGUUUAGGAAUAGUUUAUCGGGACCUGAAGCCUGAAAAUAUUCUUCUUCAGAAGGAUGGACAUAUUGUCUUGAGUGACUUUGAUUUGUCAUUCUUGACAUCCUGCAAACCACAAAUUAUAAAGCAUGCACCACCUAAUAAAAGAAGAAGAUCAAGGAGUCAAGCACCACCAACAUUUGUCGCAGAACCAAUAACUCAAUCAAAUUCUUUUGUUGGAACUGAAGAAUAUAUUGCUCCUGAAAUAAUCACAGGCAUGGGCCACAGCAGUGCGAUUGACUGGUGGGCUCUUGGUAUUUUGUUGUAUGAGAUGCUAUAUGGUCGUACACCUUUCAGAGGAAAGAACAGGCAAAAGACAUUUGCCAACAUUUUGCACAAAGAUCUCACCUUUCCAAGUAGCAUCCCUGUUAGUCUUUCUGGCAGACAAUUGAUUAAUGCGUUGUUGAACAGAGACCCGUCCUUCAGAUUAGGAUCGAAAACUGGUGCUAAUGAAAUCAAACAACAUCCAUUUUUCCGUGGAAUUAAUUGGCCUCUCAUACGCUGCAUGAACCCACCGCGCCUGGAUGCGCCUCUGCAAUUAAUUGGAAAAGAUCCGAAGGCCAAGGAUGUUACGUGGGAAGAUGAUGGCGUGCUUGUACAGUCUAUGGACAUGGAUAUUUUUUAAAGGUUUCCGUUGCCGGCUCCCGUUGGAUUGCUUCUGCUCCGCUGCGCAUUAAUCCAGAACUCUCACAAAAAUUGACUAUUUAGAAGGAAUUGAUAUAUAGUUUUUUAUUUUCUUUGAAUUUCCAUGUCCCUCCAGUUCACUUGAACUGGGCUGCUUCCCUUACAACCCCCACCAUCGAAAUCGAACCCAGAUGAUCAAAUUAAUGCAAAUGAAAGUACAACGAAGAACGGCUAAAAGUUAAUAAUCUAUGGAGGUCCUGCAAAGUGGGCAGGUAAAAUGAUCACGCUGAAUCCAUUUGUCAAUGCAAUCCGUAUGGAAGACGUGCAUACACCUUGAGAGCUGGCUCACCGCAUCUUCUUUCUCCAAUUCCACAAGGCAGAUGGAACAGGACACGUCCUCCUUCUGCACCUUCUCAAACCUGCAGGCCACUAGAAGCCGCCGCUGCUGAGACCUCCGACGGCUGCUACAAUACUCAAUAUUCUCUACUGGCUCAAGCCUGCUACUGCUACUAGUGAGUAGUACUACGGUACUAUAUAGAGUCUGUUUAAUUUGACGGAGCGGGAUAAGAAUGCACGUGUAAAAUAUAAUCGUCGCCAUGCAUAUACCUGAAGACUGGUGAGAACACAUCAGUACUGAAAUCAUAUCGUUGCCCCUGGCUAGAUAACUCAACGGCUGCUCUUGUUUCUCCUCCUCUU